AUGGCGUCGGGCGGCGGAAACAUCAAGGUCGUCGUGCGCGUGCGCCCCUUCAACAGCCGCGAGGUUGGACGCAACGCAAAAUGUAUUGUGUCGAUGAAGGGCACGCAAACGGUCCUCACGCCGCCAGCUCCCGAUGGCAAGAAAGCAGGCGGGAAAGCGGCGCUGGAGGGUAGCAAGACGUUUGCUUUCGAUAAAUCAUAUUGGUCUUUCGAUAAAAAGGACCAGCACUUUGCCGUGCAGGAGGAUCUCUUCACCGACCUGGGACGGCCGCUGCUCGACAAUGCCUUUCAGGGAUACAACAAUUGCAUCUUCGCCUACGGACAGACGGGAUCGGGCAAGAGUUACAGCAUGAUGGGCUAUGGCGAUGAGGAGGGUGUCAUUCCACGCAUCUGUCGCAACAUGUUUGAGCGGAUCGAGGCCGUCCAGACGGCCGACAAGAACAUGGCCGUGACGGUCGAGGUGUCAUAUCUGGAAAUCUACAACGAGCGAGUCCGCGAUUUGCUCAACCCCAGCACCAAGGGCAAUCUCAAGGUGCGCGAGCAUCCCUCCACCGGUCCCUACGUCGAGGACCUGGCCAAGCUGGUCGUACGGAGCUUCGCGGAAAUCGACAACCUCAUGGACGAGGGCAACAAGGCCCGGACGGUCGCCGCAACCAACAUGAACGAAACCUCGUCACGAUCCCACGCCGUCUUCACCCUCACCCUCACGCAAAAGCGACACGAUGUGGAGACGAACAUGGACACGGAAAAGGUGGCCAAGAUCAGUCUGGUGGAUUUGGCCGGUUCCGAGCGUGCCACCAGUACAGGUGCMACGGGUGCGRGGUUGAAGGAGGGUGCCGAGAUCAAUCGUUCGCUGUCCACCCUGGGUCGUGUCAUUGCUGCGUUGGCGGACAUUAGCACCACUGCCAAACCCAAAAAGGGCAUGCAGGUUCCCUACCGAGACUCGGUCUUGACAUGGCUGCUGAAGGACAGUCUGGGGGGAAACAGUCUCACCGCCAUGAUUGCUGCCAUCUCACCCGCCGACAUCAACUUUGACGAGACCCUUUCCACCCUCCGAUAUGCCGAUUCUGCAAAACGUAUCAAGAACCACGCGGUGGUCAACGAAGAUCCCAACGCCCGCAUGAUUCGCGAACUCAAGGAAGAGCUGGCUCAACUGCGCUCCAAACUCAGCACGGGUGGAUCCAUCGCCGAGGAACAGUACAGCGCCGAUACGCCGCUGGAGAAGCAGAUUGUGAGCAUAACGCAGCCGGAUGGAACCAUCAAGAAGGUCUCCAAGGCGGAAAUCGCAGAGCAGCUCUCGCAGUCGGAGAAGUUGUAUUCAGACCUGAACCAGACGUGGGAGGAGAAGCUCACCAAGACGGAGCAGAUCCACAAAGAGCGCGAGUCUGCACUGGAAGAGCUUGGUAUCAGCAUCGAGAAGGGAUUCGUCGGACUCACCACACCGAAGAAAAUGCCUCAUUUGGUCAAUCUCAGCGACGACCCGUUGCUUGCGGAAUGCCUGGUAUACAACCUCAAGCCGGGUACUACCACUGUUGGGAAUGUCGAGACAAAUUCAGUCAAUGUGGAAGGCGAGACCCCAGCUGUAGACCACACCCAGGCUGCGGUUGACAUUCGACUGAAUGGAUCCAAAAUCCUACACGACCACUGUACUUUUGAGAACGUGGACGGUGUGGUGACGGUCGUUCCCAAGGAUGGCGCCGCAAUCAUGGUCAAUGGCGUACGGAUCGAAGCGCCGAGGAGACUGAGAUCGGGUUAUCGUGUGAUACUUGGUGACUUUCAYAUCUUCCGCUUCAACCACCCCCAGGAAGCGCGUGAAGAACGAGCAGAGCAAGGCAGUCUGUUGAGAUACUCUGUCACUGCGGAUCAAUUAGAUUCUCCUUCACGACCUCCACCUCCGGGACAUGAACGAACAGACAGCAGCGUCAGUCGGGCAAUGUCAGAUCUUGAUACUGAUGUGGGAAGUCCAGGCGCAGAAUCCCCCGCACCGUGGCGUACUGGUGGACGUGAUAGUGACUGGGCUUUUGCCCGUCGCGAGGCUGUUUCAUCCACUCUUGGGCCUGAUCAGAAAAUGUCCGACUUGACUGAUGAUCAGCUGGACGUGCUGUUCGAGGACUUGCAACGUGUUCGCGCAGUACGGAAAGGACGGCCCGAGGGCAAACUAUUCGACAGUAUCGCCGGGGACACGGACAGUGAAUCCAUCUCAUCUCACCCCGUCCGGGAGAAGUACCUCAGCAACGGCACCCUGGAUAACUUCAGCCUGGACACGGCCCUUACGAUACCCUCAACCCYACAGCAUUCAGAAGAUGAAGAUCGAUUGAAGCAGACCAGAGAUGAAAUGCAAGACCAGCUUGAUACGAAAAAGGAAGAAUUCUCAGAACGACUCCACAACGCCGAAGAAGGCAGCGUUGAGAUUGAUGUAUUACGAACAGAAAAGGUCAAGAUGGAGGCCUCUCUCCAGGAGAUGAAGGAGCAGAUGCAGAAACAACUCAUGGAGCAAAAGUCUGUUUUCGACAAGCAGAUUGCAGAGUUGAGGAAACCACCCAAGCCGCGACGAAAAAGUCACGGCAAGCUUGCGCUUAGCGAUCGCGAGGUUUACUUUGCGAAGCAGGUGCUACAGCACUGGAGACAGCACAGAUAUGUCGCCAUGGCGGCGGGUGUGCUGAAGAACGCUGCAACGUUGAAAGAAGCUCAGGUGAUCAGCCAACAGAUGGAACGCAGUGUCGUUUUCCAAUUCACUGUCGUGGAUGCUGGUCACAUAUUCGCAUCCUCUUAUGACCUCGCCUUGAAUGGAGUGUCAGCCGAAGAUGGCAACGAUCCCAGCCUUGAGGAUGACCCCAAACCGUGCCUCGCAAUCCGGGUCAUUGACUUUGCACAUUCCGUCAUCCAUCUCUGGUCCGUUGCAAAGCUGCAUAGACGAGUCAAGGCCAUGCGGCAGAUGGUCCAGUAUAUUGACCGACCCGAGUACAUGCAACAUUUCAACGUGGGGAAUCCAUUCGAAGAGGACUGCAUGCCGGAGUACACUCGUGUGGGAGAUGCCGAUAUCCCGCUGGCUGCCGUAUUUGAGUGUAGGGUCCAAGAUUUCACACUGGACGUCUAUUCACCGUAUACGUGCAGCAUUGUCGGGGUGGUACACCUAUCCCUGGAACCCAGCUCUGCCGAAGCUCCCAACAGCACCUUGAAAUUCAACGUAGUGAUGCAUGAACUGAUUGGGUUCGCCGAGCGAGAGGGUACUAACGUCCACGCCCAGCUGUUCAUCCCCGGCAUAUCAGGAGAAGGGGGUGCCACGACAACAUCCCUCAUAGCUGGAUUUGGUGAGACGGCUGUACGAUUCGAAAGUGUGCACAGUAUGAGCCUGCCGCUGUCAGCCCCUCAAGAUGCUAGUUUGAGGGUCAGCAUAUUCGCCAAGGUGACUACUAUGCAUCUCGACAAGCUUCUUAGUUGGGAUGACAUGCGGGACGCAUCCGUCGCCGCGAACAUCAAACCACGCAAUCAACGUCUUCGUGCGCGGAUAGCGGAGCACGAGUACUAUUCUGCCGAACGACAUGACGUGUUUGCGCGCGUGCACAUCCUGGAGAUUAGUGAAGACGGCACCUACCAACCGGUAGAGGUGGUUCAAAACGACACCCUAGAUCAAGGUUCUUACCAACUCCAUCAGGGAUUGCAAAGACGAGUUGUGCUGAGCUUGGUACACACUUCCGGGGAUGACAUGCCGUGGAAAGAGAUUGACCGAUUUCAAGCUGGCCAGAUCCGUCUGCUGGAUAGUGAAGGCAAAGUUUCCGACGCCGACAGCAACCAGUCGGAUGUUCUCCUGUCACUGGUAUCGCCUCCUGUGAUUCGCAAGAACUCGGAUGGCACCACUCACGUCAAGAUCACCGGGCAAUGGGAUUCCAGUGMUCAUCAUUCCCAACUUCUGGAUCGACCCACGUUGGAUAAGUAUCGGGUUCAACUCUCGUUCAAGUGGCAGAUUCACUCACCUCGAGUGACACAUCCGAUGAAGUUUAGCUUUGAUGUUGCCGUUCAAACUCGACCUCGAACGUGGUUCCGACAGAAUUCCUUACUGGGGCAAUUCUUCUACAACCAACGAGUCGUCCACUCCACCGCAAACAACUAUGCCGUAACGCUUAAACCUAGUGCAGCCAAACGAGCUGGCGACCUCUGGCGGAUGGAUACCACGGGCGAUUACAUUUCCGGCGAGGAGAUUUUGUCGAGUUGGGCACCUCGAAGUGUGUCUUUGAUCAGAGAUUACAUGGAUUUACGAAAACGACAACGACGCAUAGCAGAGAUUGAAUCCGCGCGUGGUGUUCUCAGCUUUGGAGCUCUAUCCCCACCUGUCCAAGCACAGAGAGCGGAGAAUGAAACCUUCACCGAAGACCAGCAAGCACUCAUCAAGAAGGUUGUGGAGUUGUGGCAGACCAGUCCUUCAGUAGGCGAGAACAUGCUCCUACACUCCAACACCGACUCCCCGGAACGUGGCGCCGCCUUUGCCUCUUCCUCCAAGAAAAGAGAAUCCUCGAACAGCGAACCCAGCGAACCCGUGCCUCUAGCAGCGGUGGUGGAAACGCACGUCAAAUCCCCCACGGUCCUCAAAGGCGGCUGGCUCCUCUGUCCCGACGCGGCAGGUGCGCAUUGGAUUCGAACCUAUGUGGAACUCCGACGCCCCUUUCUGCACCUGUACAGCAAAGAGGGAGACGAGGUGAAUGCGAUCAAUCUCACGAAUUCCCGAAUCGAUCAUGAGCCCGAGAUUGCAAAGUUGUUGCAGCGGCCGAAUGUGCGCAUGGAGGUGUGGGCGGUGUAUUCGACCAAAGCUUGGCUGUUUGCCACGAGGAAUGAUAAGGAGAGGGGGGAGUGGAUUUGGGCUGUUGACCGGGCAUAUGUUGGGGGUGGGAGUAGUGGGAGUGGAAGUAGUGGUGGGGGGAGGACACCUCCUGAGGAGUGGAAUUGA